AUGAAAUUAAAAGGGCAAAAAUUUAGUAUAGGCACAUUAUUAUUAAUAAUUUUUUUAUUUAUUGAAAAAUGUAAGAGUUACAUAUUAAAUAUUAAUGUAGUUGAUAAAGAUGACUUAUUUAUAUUCCUAUAUAAAAAUGAACACUUACUAGCUUCCAGUUAUUAUAAUUUUAAACCAUCAUAUUUUUUUUCAUUUAAUGAAGGAGAAAUUAAUAUUGACUUAAAAAUAGAUUUUAAGGAAAAUAAAAUAGUAAAGAAGAGGAAUAAAAAUCAAGAAGUAUUAGCUAAAGCAAAUAAGAAUUCAAUUAAUAUACUAAAUAAUUUUAAUAUAGAUAAAGAAUAUUUAAAUAAAGAAGAAAGUCAAAAUAUAUACAAUGAUGAAAAAAUAAACUGGAGUAAAUCAGAAAAUGAAACUAAUUUAUCUAAUUAUAAGUUAGAUAACAAUAAUAAUAUAAAAAGUAAUGAAAAGGAUAUUAGCAAUUCCUAUAAAUCUAAUAAUUUAUAUCUAGUAUUAAUUACAGCAAAUCAGUGGUUAAAUUAUAUAAGGUUGAAAAAUAAGUUAGAACCAUCUUUAAAAAAUGAAGAAAAUUAUAUUUUUACAUCUCAUUUUAAUUGCAUAAAAAGAUAUCCUUUAAAUCAAGGAAGGAUUCAAAAAAUAAUAAAAAUAAAUCAAAAAAAUAGAUAUAUGUUAUUUUUAAUAAAUAAUAACAAACUAAAAAUUAAUCUAAAGGGAAAUGUAAUUUUUUAUGAUUAUAAAACUAAGCAUCUAUCACACGAUUUUCUUUUUAUUCCAAAUGUAUUAUUAUUUACUUCAUUUUUGUUAUUAGUAUUAGUAUUAGCUAUAACUAUAUGUUUUAUUAAAUAUAGAGAAAAAUCAGACAUAUUUAUGAUUCUUAAUAUGCUUUUUUUUUUUCUUUCUACAUAUUUUAAUUAUAAAAAUGUAAAUUUCAUAAAAGAUAAAGGAUAUAUGUAUAUUUAUUAUUGGGUUUCAGCAAAUAUCUUAAAGAAAAUUCAAGAAAUUAUUUCAUUUAUUAUAUAUUUGCAAGUUUCUCUAGGUGAUAUGUAUAUAAGAAGUCAUUUAAGUAGAAUAGAAAUUCAAUUUAUGAUUUGUUUUUCAGUUAUAUCAUUUUACACAGGUCUUUUUGAAAUAUUUCUUGGAAAUUUUCAAGCACCUCGAUAUAUUUUGCAAGCAUUCGCUUAUCUAUUUAUUUUUAUUGCUAUUAAUUUUACUUCAACUUUUCUUUCAGCGCGUUUAUCUGAAGAAAAUUUAUCAUUUCAUGUGGCAGAAUUGUAUAAAAAAUAUGAUAUUUAUAAAAAAUAUAGAUUAAUAUUUUUUGCUGUAAUAUUAAAACCUAUUCUGUUGGUUAUUUACAAAGUUUUAUGUUUGUCUCCUUCAAAUAUUGAUUUAUACAGUUCACAUGAAUUUUUUUAUGUUUUCUUUGAUAUUACUUUUGACAUUGUUUUAUAUGUUGUGCUUUUUGUUUUAUUUCGUCCAGCCAAACCUAUAAAGCUUUUAAAACACAUUUUAAGCAAUGAAAAUUUUCACAUAGAUUAG